AUGCCGACGACAACGCAGCUGAUUCCGGGCCUCCCCGACGACCUCAGCCGCGACUGCCUCCUCCGCCUCAAAUUCCCCCAAUUCCCCUCCGCCGCCUCCGUCUGCAAGUCCUGGAACUCCGAAUUCCACCUCCCGGACUUCCCCCGCCUCCGAAAGCUCUCCUCCACCGCCCAGAACCUCUUCGUCUUCAUCCAGGCUCGGGUCGACCCGACCCAGAACCACCAAACCUCCGGCAUCGCCAAGUACCGACCCGGCCCGAUCUUCCGGCUCACCGUCUUCGAACCCGCCACCGGGCUAUGGUCCGAGCUCCUCCCUCCUCCGUCUUUGCCCAUGUUCUGCCAGGUCGCCAGCGUCGGGUCGGAUCUCGUCCUCCUGGGCGGGUUGGACCCGGAAACCUGGGAGCCUUCUACCUUGGUUCUCGUGUUCAGCUUCCUCACCGGCACGUGGCGGCGCGGGACCCGCAUCCCCGGCCCGACCCGGUCGUUCUUCGGGUGCGCGGCCGACCCGGAUCGGAGGACGGUGUUCGUGGCGGGAGGACACGACGGGGAGAAGAAUGCGCUCAGGUCCUGCCUGGCGUAUGACGUCAGCAGUGACGAGUGGGCCCCGCUGCCCGACAUGGCGUGCGAGCGGGACGAGUGCAAGGCGGUCUUCCACCGUGGCAGGCUCCACGUCAUCGGCGGGUACCGUACGGAGAUGCAGGGGAGGUUCGAGCGAGGGGCCGAGGUGUUCGAUACCGGCGCCGCGUGGCGGUGGGGCCCGGUGCAGGAUGGCUUCCUGGAGACGGCGGCGUGUCCCAGGAGUUGCGCCGUUGAUGACGGAGACGGCGUUUUGUACAUGUGCCGGCGGGGUGAGGUGGUGGCGAGAAGGGGUGACACGUGGCGGCUCGUUGCGGUCCUGCCGGAUGACGUGGGCAAUCCCGAGUACGUGGCGGCCUGGGGUGAGGGGAGGAAGAUGUUGGUGGUGGGGUCGGCGAGAUACGGGGAGCCGCGUCAGGUGUACAUGCUGGACUUGAAGGCGCUGGCGUGGGAGAAGUUGGAGACGCCGCCGGCGGAGUAUUCCGGUCAUGUUCAGGGUGGCUGUUUAGUGGAAAUUUAA